AUUAAUAAUAUUUUGUCAAGUGUAUUCGUGAGUGUGAAUAGACAUAACGAAUCGAAAAUCGUAUUUCGAUCUCAUAACGGAUUAAUAAAAAAAGUAAGAGAGAGAUAGAGAUAGAGAAGAAAUUUCGGAGCACCGAAUGAGACGCGUGUCUCUAUUAAUUUUCUUCUUUCUUAUAUGCAUUAGUGCAUAAUACAAUUUAUCUUUACUAUAACGUUUAAAGUUAUUUAAUAUUUGACGAAACGAAGGAGUUUAGAUAAAAGUGUUGUCGUCGUCUCGUUAGUUCGUUUGAACGCGGUGCGUGUACCGGAAAACGGCACGUGUUUCUCUCUCGAUAAACUGGAUUUCGUUUCUUCGAGUUAUCUCUCCGUAUCGAGAAACGACAAUCUCGAUUUGUCCUUGAACGACGGUUACAAUAUGGCUGACCAGACAUUUCACACGCCAAGUUUCGGAGAUGAGGUUUUUGACAUACCACCCAUCCAUCCGCAUCCACAUCAGCAACAUCAACCGCAACAACAACAACAACAGCAGCCUCAGCAACAACAACCUCAGCAUCAUCAACAACACGAUCCUAUGCACGGAUAUCAGUCGCAGAUGAUACAGUCCGCUGGAAUGCAGCAAUCUCCGGAUGGCCUCAGUCUCGAUCCCGGUGGGUACCAACAACCGUUGUACCUGCAACAGGAACACUCGAUGCAAGCCAUCAAUGUCAGUUCAGCGUAUAGCAGUCCUCAAGGAUCAUAUACGACUAUGAGUUCACCACGUCAACAGCAUAGUAAUUUGUUGUUACUUCAACAACAACAACAGCAACAGCAGCAACAACAACAACAACAACAGCAGCAACAACAACAUCAGCAACAACAACAACAUCAACAACAACAGCAACAUCAACAACAAGUGCAGCUGCAACAUAUGCAAUAUAUGCAUUCACAGCAACAACAACAACAACAACAACAGCAACAACAACAACAACAACUUCAACAAUUACAAUAUAGGAGCCCAACCGGUGGUAGUCCACCUGCUAUGCAAUCUAACAUCCCUGAAAAUAAUAAUACUACGACUAGCGAAGAUAGUGAUGACAGUACACCUCAUUCGGGGACUAUCGCAGGAAUAAAACGACCGUCACCAGAACCGACAGAUGUGGGAGCUAAAAAUCAGAGAAAAACUAAAUCGCAAAAGAAGAAGAAGAAGAGAGACCCUAACGAACCCCAAAAACCAGUCUCAGCGUACGCUCUCUUCUUCAGGGAUACACAAGCAGCCAUCAAAGGACAAAAUCCUAAUGCGAGUUUCGGUGAAAUUUCUAAAAUAGUUGCAUCAAUGUGGGAUGCUUUGGAAAUCGAACAUAAGAACGUUUAUAAGAAAAAGACUGAAGCAGCAAAGAAGGAAUAUUUGAAGGCUUUAGCAGCGUAUAGGGCUUCUUUGGUUAGUAAAGGAGCAGCUGAGAAUGAACAGCAACAGCAACAGCAUCAGCAACAACAACAGCAUCAACAACAACAACAACAACAACAACAACAGCAACAGCAGCAACAACAACAACAGCAGCAAGUGCAAUACACCGGAUAUCCUAAUUACGGCGGAAAUGGUGCACCAGGAAAUGUUGCUUAUGAAGUUUACAGUCCGCAACCGCAACCACCAUCACCUCAACAACAACAUCAACAACAUCAACAGCAUCAACAACAUCAGCAUCAACAUCAACAUCAACAACAACAGCAGCAACAACAGAUGGCCAUUAAGAAGUCACCGCAUCAUCUUACGAUGCAGGGUAAUCCUCAACAGCAGGCACAACAGGGAUUAUUGGGCAAUGCCAUGGCAUCGGCGCAUAUGACGCAACAACACAUGCAGCAACAGGUGUCACAGCAGCAGUACAUGCAGGUGCCACAGCAACAAGUACAGGUACAAGUACCGCAACAACAACAAAUGAUUCAUAUGAGUCCUCCUAGAGGAGACUCACUUUCAAGCCCACCUCCGGUAAGUGCUUCGCAAGCUGCCAUGGUAGGACAAAGACAGCCAACAAAUGCAUGUAUCCGUCAUGGAUGUCCAAAUCCUGCUGUAGCCAAUAGCGAAUGGGAAGAUGAGUAUUGCAGUAAUGAGUGCGUGGUCAGCCACUGCAGGUUUGUAGAUGUCUUCACUACGUGGGUAUCAUCGAAUCAAAAUCCUCAGCAGAAUUUCUCCACUGUGAAAUAAGUGUUUACGCAAAAUGAUGUCGAACUACGUCAUUAAAAAUUACAUAGAAGUUCUGCCAAUGCGCAGAGACCUGUUGUUAACAGUAAGAUAUCUAAACUAAAAUGUGUAUAUAUAGAGGCCACAGCAGAAUGACAAAAAAAAAAGGGAAAAGUCAGCGCUAAUACUAUCAUAAAACAGUAAGGACUAUGAAAUGGAAGAAAACUCAAACAAUCUCAAGAACUAUUGUAUGCGUAAAGAAAUAAUAUAGCAUCAGGAAAAAGUGUAUAAUCACCUAAAAAAAUACUUACACGCGUAUACAUACAUACAUACAUACAUACAUACAUACAUGAAUACAUAAAUACAUUUCAAAUCAGAUAGAAAAAGCGGAAAUGUAUUUACUUUACACUUUGUAGAACGGAAAGAUACAUACUUGUAAAUUAAGAAGCCUUAUUUACAAUAAUCCAUUUUACUCUGGUCAAAAAAUGUCUAUCUACAAAGCUCGGGGCAUAUACUACUACUAUUAGAAAGAAAAUAAGAAAGCAGGAUUAAGUAACCAGAAUGGGGAAAGAAAAAAUAAAGAAGACGACAAUUUUCCUUUUCAUAGGACCGCAAUAAUAAACUAAUUACUUCUUUGUUGAUAGACGAUACGAGGCGUGCCAAUUGUACAGUUAACACAACAGUACGUUCGUUCUUUUUAAUGUCCCGAAUUAACGGGUGAAAAUUUUUCACUAAUGAUCAAUUGAUAUGAUUCGUAGAUCAUUUUAUUCGGAUUCAUUUAAAAAGGACGCUACAUGAAAAUAAUUAAAUAAUAAAAUCGUCCUUAUUGUAUUAAUUGCAUCCAUAAUAUGAAAAUGAAAAUUCGAAAGAAUUAGAAUGACAGCGGAAGACAGAAUUAGUCGUAGCAUUUUACGGGGUAAAUGAGAAUACAGAGAAAGGAAGAGAUAUUAUUGCAUGUAAAUAAUAAUAAUAAUAAUAAUUACGAUUAAAUAUAUCCCAUUUAUAAUAAAACAGUGAGAAGAAGAAGAAGAAGAGAAAAAGGGAGAAGAUACGUGAGAUAGAAUGGGAGGAGCAGUUUAAAAAUUAAAAAAAAAAAAAAAUCAAUCAUGUCUGUAUAGUAAACAAAAAAAAAACUGUAUUACCUGGCAUUGCCAUGGGCCGCGGUUGUUGCAUGUUUCCCCCUUCUAUAAUUAGCUAGGAAUAUUACUAAUUAUCUAGUAUGAUUAUAUUUAUAAAUAUAAACAUAUAUGUGUAAUUGGUUGGUCAAUUAUAUAUACAUGUUUGCACGAUAGAACUCUACCUGGUAUCAAAAAGAAAAAAAAAUGAAA